AUGGAUCGUGACUAUUGGAUGUACAAAACUUCACAUACAUCUAAUAUUUAUAUUGAGGGUGUUCGAAGUUUUAUUAAAGCUGCUGAAGCAAAUCGCGUUAAUAAAGGAAAUAGGUUGAUUUGUUGUCCUUGUGAACAGUGUAAAAACUUUCAAAGUUAUAAUGCCGAAGACAUAGAGUUCCAUUUGUUGCAAAAUGGUUUUAUGCCUAGAUACACUUGUUGGUCAAGGCAUGGAGAAUCACUACUUGAUUGGAGCACAUCGUCGACUAGAUUACACAUUAAUGAUGACCACUUAAAUGAGCCCAAUGACGAUGAUUACAACAACGAUUCAUACCUUGAUGACGAUGAUGACCACUUAAAUGAGCCCAAUGAUAAUUUAAGUGAAAUGUUACAUGACAUAGAGACUAAUAUGGGUGAUGCUGAACAAGAAAAAUUACAACACCUAUUUGAAGAUGAAAAAAAACCGUUAUAUACCGGUUCUAAGUUCAUGAAACUUGAUGCUGUGUUAAAGUUGGUUAACUUAAAGUCGAAAAACGGAUGGAGUGAUAAAAGUUUCACAAGUCUACUAGUGAUUUUGCAUGACAUGCUUCCAGAAGACAAUGAAUUACCGAUUUCAACAUACCAAGCAAAAAAGUUGAUGUGUCCAAUGGGAUUGGAAGUUGAAAGAAUACAUGCAUGUCCAAAUGAUUGCAUGUUGUACAGAAAGGAGUACGCGAAUGAACAUAAGUGUGUUUUUUGCAAAGCAUCUAGGUAUAAAAGAAAAAAAGAAUCGGAUGAAGUUGACGACGAUGUGACAAAGAAUGGACCACCGGCUAAAAUGUUGUGGUAUCUACCUAUUAUACCGAGAUUGAAAAGGUUGUUUUCAAAUGAAAAAGAAGCAAAAUUGUUACGUUGGCAUUCGGAAAAACGUGUAAGUGAUGGAAAACUAAGACAUUUUGCGGAUUCACCUCAGUGGAGAAACAUUGAUAGCAAGUAUCCAGAAUUUGGGAGGGAGAUGAGAAACAUACGGUUUGGGCUUAGUUCAGACGGGAUCAAUCCUUUCGGGAACAUGAGUAGUCGCCAUAGUACGUGGCCGGUUCUUUUAUGUAUUUACAAUCUUCCACCAUGGUUAUGCAUGAAACGAAAAUACAUUAUGAUGUCGUUGUUGAUUCAGGGUCCGAGACAGCCUGGUAAUGAUAUUGACGUGUACCUGUCUCCUUUGAUUGAUGACUUAAAAACUCUUUGGAGUUCGGGUGUAAACGUAUAUGAUGCUUAUAAGAAAGAACAUUUUCAAUUACGAGCCAUGGUAAUGUGUACUAUAAGUGAUUUUCCAGCAUAUGGUAACUUGUCAGGAUACACUACGAAAGGUAAGAAAGCUUGUCCUGUUUGUGAAGAUGAGACAAAAUCAGUAUGGUUAAAAAAUUGCAAAAAGACCGUAUAUAUGGGGCAUCGACGAUUCCUUCCGAAGGGUCACAAUUUCAGACAGAAAACUGUGGAGUUCGAUGGAAGUAUUGAGGAGGGAACAAUGAGGGCACGAUUCAAUGCAUUUUCACGAGUUGAAAAUCUAAAUACCACAUUGGGAAAAAGAACUCGUGUUGAUAAAGGAGCUCGUGUUGAUAAAGGAUUAAUCUGGAAAAAAAGGUCAAUCUUUUGGGAUUUACCUUACUGGAGAGAUUUAAAUCUUGAUAGGCUUAUUAUUAGAUAUUCCGGGUAA